AAUCGUCCAAAAUCGCGUGACGUCAUUUAUGGACGUCCCCUUACCUCACAUAUCGCUGCGAUAAUUCUGUUGUAUUUGCUCGUCGUAGUCGUCGUUAUCGUGAGGUAAACAACAACAACUUUGCCGUAAUUAUUGUUAUUAUUAUUAUUGUUAAUAAUAUUAUUAUUGUUAAUAAUAAUAAAAACCCGUUCUUCAACUCAAAGCUGCGAUGGCGGAAAAGGGAGACUUGGACCUCACCGGCGCUAAACUCAAUCGCGGCCUGUGGCUUGUCAAGGUUCCAAAAUAUCUGUCUCAACAGUGGGGCAAAGCCACUGAGCGUGGUGAAGUCGGAAAGCUGAAAAUUUCAAAGGGACAAGGAAAGACCGAGGUCUCCUUUGUGCUGAGCGAGGAGCUGGCUGGGGGAGGGGUCCAGGGGACGAGCGCAAAGAGCACGGCCAUCAGCACCCCACGUGACCACGUGCUGGCCCUUCAGGGGGUUGCUGGGCAAAGCCUCGGUGUCUUCACUGAAGGCUCCUCUGGAAAGCAGACGGAUGCCACCUCGGGGAAUGUCAUAUAUGAUAAACUUUUCUUGGAGGGGGUCGUGGUCCAGCGUGCCGACUGCAGGCCCGUCGUUGGAGAAUCCUACAUGAAGAUGAAAAGGAUGCAGAUUGAAGAGUCCUCCAAGCCGAUGCGGUUGUCUCAGCAGCUCGAGAAAGCGGUCACGACAAAUUACAAGCCCGUGGCAAACCACCAGUACAACAUCGCGUUCGACCGCAGGAAGAAAGAGGAGGGCAAGCGCGCGCGUGCCGACAAGCAGCAGGUCCUGGACAUGCUCUUCUCCGCCUUCGAGAAGCACCAGUACUACAACAUCAGAGACCUGGUGGACAUCACCAAGCAGCCUGUUACAUACCUCAAGGAUAUUCUGCGCGAGAUCGGGAUCUACAACGUGAAGGGGACUCACAAGAACACGUGGGAGCUGAAGCCAGAGUACAGACAUUACCAGAGCGACGAGAAGAGUGACUGACAACUCGGCUCAGUGUGUGGGCCCGCAUCGCGCGUGCGUGUGUGCGUGUGUGUACCAUACGACUCAUUUAAACGCUGUUUAUAAAUGGGUAUCACCACCACCGGUUGCGUAUGGUGACGUGAUGGGGUAAAGUGUGGGUACACCCACCGCUUCUAAAGGUGUUUGGCCAGCUUGCAAGAGUAGGGCCAAAAACAUACCCCGCUCGAAGGGCUGUCUCGUGAGGCAGGGCUUGAACCUUCACCUUUAAGUUAAUGUGCCCGGGUGUUGGCAGCAGCCUCCUUAUUGAGAAGGAUCGUUCGAUGAUGCGGUGGUGAUGGCGAGGGUGGCGUUUGUCUCUUUGCAAUGUUGCACUGCUGUCGAUGCGGUACCAGCAUUUGUUUUUAAUGUGUUGAAUAAACAAAAAAAAUGUCUUAUUCCUUCAAUUAAUUUCUCCACGUAGCGGCUGGCUGUGUGUGGCUCCCCACAUCAUCCGGUGCUGUGGGCCUUUACCGAACAGCUGAACGGGCACGCCUGAGAUAUGCGUUUUCAUAACCCAAGCCCGCCAACUCUCAUCUGGUCAAGUUUAGCCGGUUUUCGAUGGUAUCUGCAGGCAGGCACCAACCAAAAGCUUGGUUUUGCAUUCAAGUUGCGCAAGCCUAAUGCCUUGCAAAUUAUUUGACGACAAAUUAAGCGAUAUCGCCCCACUCGUGUUCACAGCUUGAGUGCGUGCGCUCCUUAAGAGGUGGGAAGGUAAUUGUCAUUGGACACCAUCUCUUAAAGGUUUUUUUUAUUUUCCAGAUUUAAAAGAUUGUAAUACAUAAAUCAACAUUCCCCCAACUUUGACCUGGAUGUGCAUCGUCAUUGAAUAUUGUCUGUGCGUGCAAGUAAAGUGAAGUUACAGUAUUGUCAGAUGUUUUGUUUGCUUUGUCAUGAAUAGAAAUUCUAUAAAUAUGUCUUCAAAUGUCUAAAAGUAUGUCACGAAACCUGUUUAAUUUUUUUUUCCACAAUGCAGUCGUACUCGUACUGAAACUACUACGUUUAUGAACGCGUAACAUGGGACAGUUUAGCGUAAUUAUUGUGCACGCAAGCUUUACAAGCAUUACCGAAGGCCGCCGUUUGCUACUGCUCAGCACGGCUUUGAUCUGCAAAUAAAACGACGGUGCUCCAUCAACCCCUUCAGAAGAGCAACUGGUCGCUGCGCACUCGUCCACAAGUGGAAAAUCAAAGACGACAACCCACGGUGUGACUGCGGGUCACCCGGACCGCACAAAUUGACCAUAUCGCGAAUAACUGCAUCAUCCUACGCCCGCUCUCCGGCGGACUGAGCGGAGUUAGUUGCACAACUCUCCCGAAGCUAUCGCGUGGCUCACGAACUUGAACUUGCGCGUGUCAUUUGCACAUUUGCCAUACGCUGGAGAGAGAGAGAGCGAUACCGAAAUUAAAACGUCUUCUCAAAAUAGUGCAGUGUCCUUUGAAACCACACUGUAGCUGUUAAAAGCUCGCUUGCUUGCUACAAACGGCGUCUUUGUUACCCAAGUUAUUUUUUGAAUGUUGUCAUUUGAAACCAACGGAUGAAAACGUUGCAGGAUUUAAUAAAGAGCCAAUUAAAAAGA